AUGAUGCUAGUUCGAGCUUUUCUCAAAAUUGACUUUACGUUCGUUAGCCAUUAAUGCAGUGACUUUAACACUAUCAAACUUGGCUUUGUGAAAUGUUUUUCUUGAAAGUGUGUUUCUGCUAUCUUUCUUCUAUUUAAAUGCCACUUGAAUUAAUAUGUUGUGUAAUGCAAUGCCAUUCAUUCAUUGCAUAUUGUACAGUGUGUGCAUAUACAUCCAUUCAUUCUCAAGCACGUUUAAUGCUCCUUGACUAUCUAUCACGUAUCGUGACUGUCGGGGAGAUGACUGCCAGCGGACACGACUGAAGAUCUGCUAUUUAAUGAGGUACUGGAUAGCUGAAUUCCCUGCAGAGUUUGAUCUGGAUCUGGGUUUGAUCCGUCUUACAGAAGAAUUUCGAGAUGCAGCUGCUCAGCUGGGUGGUGACGAGCACAUUAAACUACUUGACAUUUCUACAAUCCCCUCAUAUGACUGGAUGCGUAAACUGACUCAGCGAAAGAAACCGGUGAAGAAGGGUAAAGCGUCACUGCUGUUUGAUCAUCUGGAACCCAUUGAGUUGGCUGAACACCUCACCUUCUUAGAGUACAAGUCCAUCAGGAGGAUUUCGUUCACGGAUUACCAGAGUUACGUAAUCCAUGGCUGUCUAGUGGAUAACCCCACAUUAGAGCGCUCUAUCGCUCUGUUUAAUGGGAUCUCCCAGUGGGUUCAGCUGAUGGUUCUUAGUAAACUCACCCCUCAGCACAGAGCAGAGGUCAUCAACAAAUACAUCCAUGUUGCACAGAAACUGCUCCACCUGCAGAACUUUAACACCCUGAUGGCUGUGGUUGGGGGUCUGAGUCACAGCUCUAUUUCCCGCUUGAAGGAAACUCAUUCUCACCUCAGCCCAGAGGUCACCAAGAUCUGGAAUGAAAUGACAGAGCUGGUUUCGUCAAAAGGCAAUUACUGUGCUUACCGCAAAGCCUUCAGUGAAAGCGAAGGGUUUAAGAUCCCAAUCCUAGGUGUUCACCUGAAAGACCUGAUCGCCGUGCACGUGGUCUUCCCGGACUGGGUGGGGGAUGGGAAAGUGAACAUCGUGAAGAUGCAGCAGCUGUAUCUCACCUUUAAUGAGCUGGUGUCCCUGCAGAGCGCUGUGGCUCAGGUGGAGCCCAACAUGGACCUGAUCUACCUGCUCACUCUGUCCUUGGAUCUGUACUACACAGAGGAUGAAAUAUAUGAGCUGUCCCUGCUUAGAGAACCCCGUAACCCCAAAUCUCAGCCCACAUCACCCACGACGCCCAACAAACCUCUGGCUCCACUGGACUGGGCCUCUGGGGUCACCACCAAACCAGAUCCCUCAGUGGUCAACAAACACAUCAGGAAAGUUGUGGAUUCUGUCUUUCGUAACUAUGACCACGACCAUGACGGAUACAUAUCUCAGGAAGACUUUGAGAGCAUCGCUGCAAAUUUCCCUUUCCUUGAUUCCUUCUGCGUGCUUGAUAAAGACCAGUAAGUAGAGCAGCUCAUAGUCUGUACUGUUGAUCCUUUGUAAGUCUGGGCAGAGAUUCAGAAGUGCUCGAUGAUAUUGGAAGGGACGCAUCUCAUUCCCGACAGGGUCGAUUUAGUGUGCCUGGAAAUUCCACAAAGGGUUCUUCUCAACCAUGCUAAACUCGUAAGCAUGUUUAAUCGCUGUAAAUGGAGCAGAGCAUGGCAUGCCGACAAAACAACACCCAUGAUGUAAUAUUUAAACAACAAAUAAUACAUUUUUAAACAGCAGUAAAGUGCAAUGAUUUUUUUUUAGUUUGGGGAAAAUACAGCAUUUUUUUAAGCCUGAUGCUUUCUGUAUCACUGUAUGAAUCCAUAAAAGUUUAUUUAUACAUUUAUUUUUAAUGAUCAAAGAAAAUGCAUCCUGUGUAAUGCAUCAUGAGUCACCUCAGGCCAUGCAGCUGCUCAGUGUAUGUUACCUGCUGCACUGUCAGAAGUCUGAAGGUCAUAUCUCCCAGGAAAGGAUGCACAGCAUCAGGCACACACAGAUUCUCUCACACGCUCAGAUAUUCCCCAGGCGUCCUCUGUGGUUCAUCUUAGCAGUUCAGUGCUCAAACCGUAUUACUGGCAUGUGACUACAUGCAUUUCUCCUGAGCUCU